CUCUACUCCAAAUCCUCAGUCCUCCACUCCACACCAAACCAAACCACCUACCACACCCCCAAAGCAAAAUGAAGUUGACCACCCUCCUCCUCUCCCUAACCGCCACGGCCACGGCCACAACCACCUGCUACUCCGGGGGCCCCACCAGCGAAGGCACCUCGUGCAUAUCGAAGCUGGCGAUCAAGGACUUCUGGUCCCUGUGGUACUGCAACUACCGGUGGAACAUCAACUACGGUGACUGGGACAUGUGGAUCAACAACAACGAGAGCCACGUGGAGCGCGGACGUGUGGCCAAGACGGGCACGUUCAACGGUAUGGAGGAGUGCCUGGAUGCGUUCAAGGAGCUGGUCGAGCCGUGCUAUGAUGUCGCGCAGGGCGGAUACCUUACUACCGCUAAUGUGAGCUUGGAGGCCAAUUGGUGUCAGUGGUAGAUUUGUUGUGCCUCCUGUGAGGUUAGGGGGUGGGGGGCUGCUCAUACUGGACAGGAACGUGUUGGGUAACGGGG